AUGCUUCUUCGGAUAUCAGCAAUAACGUUAUUACUACUUUAUGUAAACUCCAACCCGAUUGUUGAGACAGAACUCGGACGGAUAGAAGGAUUCUACCAUAAACUACUAAAUGGACAAGAUACCAAUGUAUUCCUCGGGAUUCCGUACGCCAAGCCGCCAGUCGGAGAGUUGAGAUUUGAGGUAAACAAGAGUAUAAACUUCCCAUUAAAACUCGAAUUUCAGCGUCCCGAGCCACACGAACCUUUCGCUCACACAAUUCGGGCCAAAAAAUAUUCAGCAGCCUGCCCAUCUCACGCUGAUAUGGAUGCGGUUGGGCCCGAAAACGAAGACUGUCUCACGUUGAACGUAAUGGCUCCGAAACCAGAGUUCGUCUCAAAACCUGAUGAAGGAUAUCCGUUGCUCUUUUGGCUUCAUCCCGGAGGAUACUGCAUUGGAUCGGCGAGUUGGUUCUCUUACGAAUCAAUCGCAGAAAACUUUGCUUCCAGAGGAAUCAUUGUCGUCACCAUCAAUUUCAGGCUGGGAUUUUUAGGCAAGCAAGUUUAGCUCGAGUAAUAAACCCGCAGUGGUAAACAUUAAACCCGUCUUUCAAUUCUAGGGUUUGCCGCCACCGGAGAUUCGGCACUCCCAGGAAAUAAUGGUCUCUUUGACCAAACGUUGGCUCUCAAAUGGGUUCAUGACAAUAUCAAGAACUUUGAUGGAAAUCCCAAAGCCAUUACCGUCUGGGGAUUGAGCGCUGGAGGUGCGAGUGCCGGCCAGCUAAGCGUUUCUCCGUACUCUCGACCCUUCGUCUCCAAAUCAAUUCAGAUGUCCGGAAGUUUCUUCGCUUCAUGGACAACGUCAAAUCAAGUCAUAAAUGAAACAAGAAAGUUGAUGCAAGCGGUCGGAUGCGAACGAUCAAAUUCCCAACAAGCGAAGAAAUGUUUGCGACGGAAGAGUUUGAAACAGUUGGUGGAUGCGAUACAUCACCUUGGCUACAAUCGGAAAACACUGAAUUUGGCGUUGUAUCAACCCAGAUUGGAUGGAGACUUCUUCCCGAAGGACUACCCGGAAUUACUAAAGGAAAGCAAAGUUCCAACUUUUAUUGGCUCGGCGAACGACGAAGGCGUUCUUCUUGGUAAGAAACAAUGUCAUAUACCCUUCUAAAACCGUGUUUUCAAAUUAAAAACUAUCUUUUUAGGAGUCUUCAACGUUCUAAAAUCAAUAAAUGGACUUGGCCUCACUCCGGAAGAAAUAUCAAGCCUGACAAUAAAAGAGGUCAAGAAACGGAUUCGAGAAAACAUCUUCCCUGUAAACGAAUAUGGCCGAAGAGCCCCGCAAAUUCAAGACAGAGUCAUCGAUUACUAUCUAAAAGACCUAGAAGAUCCCAUGGAUCCAAUCAAAGUCACCGAGAUCUAUGCCAGAAUCCAAACUCACUUGCAAUUCUUCGUCCCCAUGCUAUACGAACUAAAAGAGCGAUCAAUGUUGGACACUCCAGUUUAUGUUUAUCAUAACAGUUACUACGCCGAACAUCAUUUUCCAGAAGGAACGCCAAUCAAAGCAGCUGUUCAUGCCGCCGAAUUGAAGACCAUGUUCGACUUCCCUAUUCCGGAUGAUUAUGAGCAUACAUACUUUGGAGGACAUUGCACAUAGAGAUCGGCUGUUGGGAGCUAUCGAAAACUUUGUUAAAACUGGGUAAGCCAAAGGUCGAAGCCAUGCAAUUUCUAUCUAUGACUCACAGGAUUUUAAUUAGCAAUCUUCAAAAAAAAAAACAACCAAAAUUCUUGGUUGAAACAGAUCAAUCUCAGCUUCCUUCGCAAAAUCGAAUAAUUCAAACAGAUUCUGACCAUUUCUGCCUUCCUAAUUAAAAAUCAAAAUAGCCUUCUACUUUCAGAAAUCCCUCGCUUCCUGACGUCGACUGGCCGCGGAUCACCAAAGACUCUCCAUUCCGACAUGUCCAUCUCGAGAAUAAAGCUGUUGUCCGCGAAACGUACGACGAGGAUCUCCUCAGAUUCUGGCUGAAAAUGAGAGAAGACUUCGGAGACAUCGUCGUUCGAAACAUUCACUUUGGAAAUUAUGUUGAUGAAUACGAAAAGUGCGAGCUGUAA